GGAAAGUGUUCAGAAACUUCACUGAAAGUAUUUUGUGACGGACCAAUAGCGCUGCAGAGAGCGUCUUAAACGUCCUCGCACAGAGAAGAGUGUGUUCAGUGAUGUUUCCUGUUCAGAUGAACACCAAGGAGCUCCUUCUCCUCCUCUCUCUCCUCCUCACCGGCUCUCUGAUCCAAUCUGUGGAGGGUCGAGUGGUGGUGAAAGAAGACAGUGAUGCUGUGUUACCGUGUUCCCUCAGCACCAAGGAGAACAUCGAGACGAAGCUGUUUGACUGGAAGAAAGACGAUCACAAGGAGGUGUUCAUGUACGACGGAGGAGAUUAUUACGGUCACGGCCUUUCAGGUCAAGACAAACAGUUUGAAGGUCGAGUCUCACAUUUUAACGACGAGCUGAAGAACGGUAACGCCUCCAUAAAGAUCAGGAAGACCAAGGUGGCCGACAGUGGAAACUACACCUGUUUUUUUCCUCGUCUGCAGCCGAGUCAAAUGUUCCACAUUGAGCUGGUUGUUGGAGCCGCUUCAGAGCCGUACGUCACCAUACUCGAGGACACAAAGGACUGGUCUCUGCUGCAGUGUUUAGUCAGAGGAGCUUCUCCUCGACCUAAAGUGGAGUGGAGGGACAGUUCUGGAAACAUCCUUCAUGCUAAAGAACCACAGGUCACAGAAAGAGGAGGCAGCUACGACAUCAUCCUCCAAACCACUGUGACCAAGACCGACCACUACAGCUGUGUGGUCACACAGGACCAGAUCAAACACCACACUGAGGCAGAGAUUCAUGUGUUUAUACAUGGCGCUGCUUCCAAGCCGUCUGUCACCAUCCUCGAUGAAUCAAAGGACUGGUCUCUGCUGCAGUGUGAAGUUUAUGGAGCUUCUCCUCGACCUAAAGUGGAGUGGAGGGACAGUUCUGGAAACAUCCUUCAUGCUAAAGAACCACAGGUCACAGAAAGAGGAGGCAGCUACGACAUCAUCCUCCAAACCACUGUGACCAAGACCGACCACUACAGCUGUGUGGUCACACAGGACCAGAUCAACCACCACACUGAGGCAGAGACCUACGUUCACAUCAACGGAGCAGCUUCAGAGCCGUACGUCACCAUCCUCGACCAAUCAAAGGACUGGUCUCUGCUGCAGUGUUUAGUCAGAGGAGCUUCUCCUCGACCUAAAGUGGAGUGGAGGGACAGUUCUGGAAACAUCCUUCAUGCUAAAGAACCACAGGUCACAGAAAGAGGAGGCAGCUACGACAUCAUCCUCCAAACCACUGUGACCAAGACCGACCACUACAGCUGUGUGGUCACACAGGACCAGAUCAAACACCACACUGAGGCAGAGAUCUACGUUCACAUCAACGGAGCAGCUUCAGAGCCGUACGUCACCAUCCUCGAGGAAACGAAGGACCAGGCGUUGCUGCAGUGUUUAGUCAGAGGAGCUUCUCCUCGACCUAAAGUGGAGUGGAGGGACAGUUCUGGAAACAUCCUUCAUGCUAAAGAACCACAGGUCACAGAAAGAGGAGGCAGCUACGACAUCAUCCUCCAAACCACUGUGACCAAGACCGACCUCUACAGCUGUGUGGUCACACAGGACCAGAUCAACCACCACACUGAGGCAGAGACCUACGUUCACAUCAACGGUGAGAUCUUUUCAUAGUUUAAACUCUAAAGCUGAUCUGAUGAGACAGGAGGAAGUUUCUUCAGAAUGUUUCAGAGUUUUAAUCCCACGUUUCCUGAGACUCCUCGCUCUAAAUAUCCUGAAUCUACAUUUAAGGCUUCAAACAGAAACUGAAGGUUGUGUUUAAAGGUCACAUAUUCUCCUCCUAAUAAAGAUGAACUACAGAGUAACGUUAGUUUGUCCUGAUGAUGAUGAACGGCAGGAGACCACCAGUCUGAAAAGAUGUUUCAUUAUUUAUUCAGAAUUCAGCAUUUUAUAUUUAUGUGAGGGCUGUCCAACCAGCAACAUUUAGAAUCUCCAUUAAUCGCUAAAUUUCAAAAGUUAGUCGUGAUUAAAGACAUUUUUAAUCCCGUGUGUAACCCUAACUCUAACCCUAUGCAAUAACAUGUUCAACCUGUAAUAUCAUGUAUGUGGGAGAAACAAACAAGCAGCUGAAAUACAGAUUGAGACGACAAAUCUACCAAAGAAACAAAGGCAAAGAAAAUGGGUCCGUUUACAUGCACUUCAGAAGACGUGGAGCAGACGAUCUGAAAACAGAAGGCAUCAAAAGCAACACAAACUGGUCCAGAAGUCAACGCCUCAGAAUGGAAACCACGUUCAUCAAAUGAUUGAAAAGAAAGAAACCAAACGGGCCAAAUGAAAAACUUUGAUUCAGGCCGCCAUCUCCUGCUCAGAAGACGGAAGGACAGUUGUUUGGUUUCUCUGCUUUUAACUGCAGCCAACAAGGAAAACGGGGAAAUACCGCCACCUGCUGGUGCACCAACAACAACACGGUCUCCCCCUACCUGCUUUUAUCCACGGUGCAAUGCUGCCACCUGGUGUCGAAAAGGUGGAAGGACAGUGAGAGGGUUUCUCCGGAUUGUUUCACAUCUAUGGAGUUUUAGAUGAAACAAAAAGUAGUUUAAAAUGUUUUUAUCUUGUUUUAAUGAAUGGAUGACUUUG